UCGGACACCCGUUGCGUCAAUCAAACGGGAUAACUAAUAUCAUGUGACUCAAAUUAACCAAUCAGACGACACAGAAACGUCACAUGACCGUAAUCUUCACGAGCCUUCAAAAUGACCCAUUAAAAAAAAAAAGAAAAAAAAAACCCAGCAGCGGCAUUCGUUUACUUACUACCCCAAAAGUGCUUUGUCAUUAAAGUUCACUUAAAUCGUGACUGAUCAAACGUGGGUAAUUCAGCCCACUUCAAAGUUGACAAACACUUUGCGGAGACCUCAAAUUUUAUGAAGAGCCAUUCAAGGUGGAUAAGUGGAGGGGUUAUGUGCUUCAAGGGCUUGGUGUGACUGAGAACCGUGGCAGCUGAGUUCUGGACAAUUAAAGUCUGUCCUGGGUACUUUUGGACACUCCCAACAAUGACCCAGUUCUAGUAGUCCAGGGGAACCAGCCCCAAAACUGUCUAUUGGUGGAUUGGCAUAUGUAUUUCAACUUCCUGGUUCUUCUUGAAAACAAAUCCCUCAAGAGGAUUUUCAUGGCGGGAGUGACAAAAACCCAAACAGUGUCAUGUGUCUCGGUCCCCUGCUGGCGCUCAAGUGAAGAGUGAAGAAGAACAGCCAGAUGAGGAAGAAGAUGAGGAGAAUUCCGACAUAUUAAUCACCGUCUGCUCCAGCCUACUGGCGAGCGAGAGAGGCAGCGUGAAACGGGAAGAGAGAGAGAUGGAGAGAGAGAGAGAGAGAGAGAGAGAGAGAGAAGGGGGAGCCUGACGCAGUGUGACUGCCACAUACGGAGGAGAGAAUGAGGAGGAGAGAGGAGAGCGAGUGAGGAAGAGGAAGCAGUGCAUCACAUCACCCCUCACCCUCCUCCUCCCCCCUCAAAAAAAAAAGGCAGCUUUCUUGACAUCCAGCCUUACAUCUCCCACUCUCGCCGCGCCCGAGGAAAGGAGCGCUCCGACCGGCGGAAGAACCACCGGUCGUCCGCAUCUCCAUCACCGGAGGAGCAACUGGAAGGUUUUUUUUUUUUUUUUUUAAACCCAAGGAGGAGCUGCCGUCAGCGUGUCGUAGGCGAGCAGAGGCGUUGCCGAUAGAACAGAGAGGAGAUGUGAGGAAGCGUCGCCCGCCACUGUGAAGCAUCAGCCAGGGAUCCAGUCCACACCGGGGUUUUGAUGAUGAGGAAGCACGAGAAGAAGUGCUCCUUCAAUCAAAAAGGAUCAGGGCCGUUAAGGACAUGAGGACUGACCAACCGGGACCACGUUUCACCUGAAAUUAACAACCUGGAAGUGGUUGAAGCCUCCAUUCUUCUUCGGUUCCCUUCACUUACUUCCUGUUUUCGUGCAUCCGCGGGUCACUUCCUCCAAUGGAUAGAGCGGCGACAAUUUAUCAGGCCCACCGGCCAAGACGGAACACCAGCAGGGAGUUUUCGCCCGCCGUCGGCUCGUUCCUGGGCUGGCUCGCUUUGCUUUCCAUCGUGCAGUUGCCAGCGGCAACGGCCGACUGUUGGCUCAUUGAGGGUGAGAAGGGCUUCGUGUGGUUGGCCAUCUGCAGCAUGAACCAGCCACCCUACGAGGCCAUCCCGGCUCACAUCAAUAGCACUAUCGUGGACCUGAGGCUGAACGAGAACAAGAUCCGCUCGGUGCACUACUCUUCGCUCAGCCGCUUCGGCAACCUCACCUACCUGAACCUCACCAAGAACGACAUAAGCUACGUGGAAGACGGCGCCUUCUCGGCGCAGUUCAACCUCCAGGUUCUCCAGAUGGGCUUCAACAAGCUGAGGAACCUGACGGAGGGAAUGCUGCGAGGCCUGGGCAAGCUGCAGUACCUUUACUUGCAGGCCAACCUCAUUGAGACCGUCACGCCCAACACUUUCUGGGAGUGUCCCAACAUCGAGAAUAUUGACCUAUCCAUGAACAGGAUCCAGGUGUUGGAUGGUAGUUUGUUCUCUGGGCUCUCCAAGCUGACCACCUGCGAGCUGUACACCAACCCCUUCAACUGUUCUUGUGAGCUUCUGCCAUUCCUGCGCUGGCUCGCCUCCUUCCCCAACCGGACCAGCGAACGUAUGGCGUGCGACGCCCCUCACGGCUUCUCCGGCUACAACCUGUUGAGCCAAAACCCCCGCGCCCCAGCCCAACGCAACGCCCUGCACGUUCUUGGCCUCGUGUGCACCGAGGACGGCAGCAACUCCACCGCCUUCUACAUCAAUGGCCUGCUAGAUGCCACCACGCUAUCGCCAGACUUCUCCCCCUGCGGAUUGGAUGAUUGCGCCUCUGGAACGCCGCCCGAUGAAGUCAUAUACCACACAAUCUUCACUGAGAUUAAUCCCAUCAUGACGCUGAAGCAGGUGCUGCACUCCAGCGCUGUUAUCACGGUAGAGAUCCCACACCCGUACCGGAAGAUGUAUAUUUUGAUGCUGUACAACAACAGCUUCUUCACCGACAUCCAGAAUCUGAAGUACCAGAGGCAGGACAUUGAGCUGACUAACCUAAAAGCCAACACGGACUAUACGUACUGUGUGGCCUCAAUUCGCAACUCCCUGCGUUUCAACCACACCUGUUUGACCAUAUCGACAGGUCGUGGGACCAGACCAGAAAGGAUCGCCAAUCAGUCGUCGGCAACCCACUACAUCAUGACCAUCCUUGGCUGCCUGUUUGGAAUGCUCCUCUUCCUGGGUCUGGUGGUCCACUGCCUGAGACGGAAGAGGAUCACGGAGGAGAAAGAGCGCAAGAUGAGCCGGAUCCAGAGGACCUUGAUAGAGCUCAAGUAUGGCAACGAAGGGGAUAUGGAGGGUGGCAGUGCUCCUACUUCUCAGAAGCUUCCCCCCGGUGGGGACAGUCUGUCCCGGAUGCCCUAUCUGCCUCAGGGGACUGACAUAGAUCCUUACCAGCUACAGGAGGUGGUCGAGACACCAGUACACAAGCCCGCCAAGCUCAAUUACAUGGAGGUGCGAGGGUCUGGGGUGGAGAGGGAGCGGGAGACGUCACCCCAGGUCAACCCCCAGGGUUCUGUGGCCGAGAUCUCCACCAUCGCCAAGGAAGUGGACAAGGUCAACCAGAUCAUCAACAACUGCAUUGAUGCCCUCAAAUCCGAGUCUACCUCCUUCCAGCAGGGCAUCAAGUCCCCUUCAUCAGCUGGUGGCGGGGCUGUGUCUACCGCUGAGCCACAGCUAGUGCUCCUCUCUGAGCAAGGAGGAGACCAAAGUGGCGAGUUCCUCUCCCCGGUCUACAAAGGCGGACGAGGGGGCCGAGGAUACCACCAUUCCCUGCAGAGGCAUCAUAGCAUGGAAGCCCCCGUAACCUCCAAGAGGCCCAGCACCUCCUCAUCCCCCGGCUCAACCCGUAGUCCCCGUUCAUUCCAUUCAGAAGGGGCAUACCACUCCUCAGAGACUCGAUACAUUGAGAGGAGCUCACCCAGUGACAGGGCUGGCGAGGACUCGGUCCGCACGGUAAACCCGGCUGCCGCCAUCCUGCGAGCUGAGGCCCAGAGGAUCCGGCAGUACCACGAGCACCGGCAUUCAUACCCUGGCUCUCAGGAACUGCAGCACAACCCGCAGAUCAUGCAAGAGCUCCACUACCACCCCGGUGGACGCAAGCCCUCCGUCCUGGACCCGCUUACCCUCGGCCGGCAGGCCAAACAGAGAGAGCUGGCCUACUCGCAGCUGGCCCCCCAUUAUGCCCUUUCACCCCAGUACCACAACCUCAGCUACUGCUCCAGCCCCGAGGAGGAAGAAGAAGAGGAAGAAGAGGAAGGGCUCCUGUGCACCCCCACCUUGGGCCUGUGGGAGCGCUUUAAGCUUCACCGGAAGAGGCACCGGCAGGCAUCCAUGGAGGACGAAGGCUAUGUGGCAGCUGGGCAUGCGCUUCGCCGGAAGGUCCAGUUUGCCAAGGAUGAAGAUCUGCACGACAUUUUGGACUACUGGAAGGGGGUGUCAGCCCAGCAGAAGGCCUGAGGAGCAGCGACAACAACACUGUGGAAGACCUGUAAAUACCAAACACAAAAAACCCAUAACCAGGAUCUGAAAAAUCAAAAACAGAUGGGAGCAAUUUGGUGUUAUACUCAACACAUAAAUCGUAACUUCGAGAUUCUUUGUUUUCUACUCUAAUGGAACUCAUAGCUCAAACUUAUGUAGCUGUUUCUACAUUUUCAUCGGGGAGGGAGAAAAGGUUGGCACCCAGUCUGGAAAUCUUUGCUUUUUAGGAGAGUUUGUCUUCUUUUUUUUUUUGGAAACCAAAAUGAGGGGCGAAGUGACUGACUUUUUGAGGGACCAAUUUGAAUUUUCUUUCGGGACGGUUCGCCACACAAUGCUCGUGCCAAGUUUCCCUUGCUCUGUACCCACAUGUGACUCGCUAUUGAUGCUUUUCCACUGGGGAAAAACGCUUCCAGUACUGGGGUAGUCCGUGUAAACCACCUCUGAUCUCUUUGGUUACGCAAACAUCAUCACCACACACAGUUGCCACACCUGUAUUAAACUCCAUAGUGUCCAGUUUGCUGCAGCGGCCUUUGGUCUUGUCUGGUACCCUGUUUCCACGUAAGCCAAGCUGGUUGCUUUUUGGUUUGGCAGAUUCACCAUAAACGUGCACAUAACACGAGCAUAGCCUGUUGCCAUUGGCCUGCACCAUUUUACUCCACGGUUUCCAAUUUCCUGCAGCACCCCAUGAGCUACUCUUGGAUAGUAAGUAAAUUUCUUUCGGCUUGUCCCAUUCGGGGUGGCCACAGCGUGACAUCUCAGAUGAACGCUCAUAUUUGUUUGGCACAGUUUUUACGCCGAAUGCCCUUCCUGACGCCCCGGUGAGAUACGAACUCACGACCCCUGGUUUACCAAACCAAUGGUCGAACCAGUGAGUUAUGGGGCCUCUUGAGGUACUCUUGGAUCAAGUUUGUAUUUAUUUUUAUGACCGCAGGUUACACACUAAGAGCCGUUUUUCUUGCAACCCUGAAUAAAAUAAAUCUCUUUAGCGUGGCCAUGUGUUGAGGACCCUUGUUCUCAUUAACGUAAUCUGUUGCCAUGCCUACAGUAUAAAGCUCUUCAGUGGCCCAUUUACCUUUUGCCCUUAGUCUCCUUUUGGAUAAAGACUUUGCAGCACUAGUUAGAGUAGAAAAAGAACCACGUCAAGCACAUGCCAACAUUAGCAUACUGUAGCGAGCAAUAGGUGGCCCUCGUUCUGGAGACUACGGAAUCCUCUUUUCAGUGGAAACGCAACCACCUCAAACCUGCGCUGCUGGUUAUAUGCAGCAGGAAAGGGGCAAAAUUUACACGUGUGACAGCGAGCACUGUUUAACAUGACAAACUCUUCUUCUGGUUUCUCCUUGCCAAACAGUUUUAUAAACACAAUUUCAAGAUUUUGGAAAAAAAAAAAAGACUAUUAUCCUCAUCGUUAUUAAUAAUAUGUAUUAUCCUUCUUAUCUUCUUAAUGUUCCUAUGAUCUUCCACGUUUAUUUAAAUGUGGAACGGGACUUGACGGCAUGGGACACAAGACCGCAACCCUUUCUAUGAGGAGGACUACGACAAGGGUCAGUGAGACUGUGCGACAAGGUUCUAGAACGUGCUACAUACUUGCAACUGAGGUUCAGACUUUACCCCCCAACCCAGAGUUAGUUACUUAUCUCAAGUACUUUAAAAAAAAAAAAAAAUCUAAUGAAUGUCUUGAAUUCCCCCCAACCACCCCACCUCGAACUCCCCCCAAAAAACAUGGGAAAAACUGCACUGUUUGAAAAAAAAAAAAAAAAUCAAAAACUUUCAAGGGGCAAAAAAGAGCUUAGAACUCUUUUGGGGGGGAUGCCGUAGCUCUACUGUGUCUCAUCGCAACAGCAUCAUCCAGUUUGGAACUGUGUUUAUUCCCCCCCCCCCCCCCCCCGUUUUUCUUUCUGACUUUCUGGUUCUUCCACUGUGGUGCCAUUGUGCCAAACUUGACAAAUCAUAACUUACUUACUUACUUACUUACACACACACACACACACACACACACACACACACACACACACACACACACACACACACACACACUUCCUCCUCCCCCUUCUCUUCUUUAUACCAACAUCGACGAUUUGCCAACCGAUAGAUUUGCACAAGGAGGCGUCACCUUUUCAAGUCGCCAAUCAUUCUCAAGACCAAAGUACUGUGCCAAACCAAUUGACAAAUCCUCGCAGACCACCCCCCCACCCACACACACACACACCAACACACAGUGAACAAACUUUACAUACUCAGCCGCAAACGCAGGUGAAUGUAUUCUUUGCAAACAGCUGAAUUGAACAAGUUUUUCGAUAAUAAAAGGGCCGGAAUCGUCCCUGUUUGACUCAAUUGAGCAUUUAUGAUCAUCAGUUGAAACAUUUUUUUCAGAAAAUUAAUGUUCUUUUCUGAAGGAACAGUGGUGUUGUAGGAAUGUAAAAAGUGUGUUCUUACCGAUAGGGUUAGGGAAAAAAUACUAUCCAAAAACUUCCAAGAUAUCAAAUUUGCAUGUUCUCAUGAGAAUUUGGUUGCAUGCGGUAUGUACAAAAAUACAAGAGAAAUGAGUCAUGGAUUUCAAUUGUCAUAAAAAAAAAAUGCAUUUCACUUUCUACUGUCAGGGUUCUUGUUAUUUUGAAGGGUUCUUGCUACAGUUAUGAAUGGGUUUAAGGUUCUUGUUGGGUUUGGGCUUAGGGUAGUCUUGGCAUUGAGGUCCUUAGAGUGAAACUUUAGAACUAUAUUUUCUUACAAUUGUCUUCUUCCUGCACAAUUCAGGUUGGAGGUUUCACGGUGUAUUUCAAAGUAAUGUAUUUUUCAUAAUAAAAGAAAAAGCUGAUUUAAAUGAGAUCCCUCCCCCCAGCCCCCCAGCCUAAAUGCUGUGAAAUGACUCCUUGCAUCGUUUUUCAAGCUCCCAUUUGCUAACCUCUCCAUACCGUGUGAAACUCAAUUCUCAUGAGAAUGCAAAAGGGAAGUAAUUGUGUAUUUUCUGCAGGGCAAAGUGCAGAGGAAGGCAGUGACAGCCGGAUUGUGGCUUCUACUCAACAGCAGCCUUAAAAAGAUAAUCACUUUUCUUGCGUUUCUUGUCAACUUUUUGCUUUCCAAACUGACAACUUGCUUUUUUUGCCCUUGUUUACUGACUGCCGUUUUAUAACCAGAGAGACAAUUGUUCAGUAUUGUCAACGUAGCUAUGAUGUACUACUACAUGCUUUUUGGUUGGACUCGUUUUCUCCGAGGUCACAAGUGAGUCUCCGUACUUUUGGAGAAUGGGAAUGCCUUGAAAGUGGAAUUCAGCGGUUCUCGGUUUUUUUUUUUUCCCACGUACGCCGGGAAUUCCUCGGCGAAGAGAUGGAAAUGAGUCCGAUGCUUUUGUUCUCGCUUCCUUCCUGUCUUUCUUUUUCUUUCUGUCUUUCUUUCUUGUCAAACGAUUAAAAGAGCACAAU